UGGGGGGAGCGCAAAGAAAGCAGCGAGAGGCGGAGGGCUGUUUCUCCCCCUCCCCACCAGCCUUUCCUCCGGGAGCGCGUAAAGCCCUUUCUCCCCCCUCCCCGGAUUUCUCGCCCACCCACCCAAUUGGGACCCUUUGCAAAGCCCUCGGCCGCUGCAGCGCCAGAGCCUGGCCGGGUUUUCUUGGGGGUGGGCGGGGGGAGAAAGAGGAGGGGUCCCGCCUGCUUAUUUCCCCCCUGCCCUGUAAUUUCCAAAGCAUCUCAUCCAGUGAGUGGGGGGGGGGGGCGCCAAAGAAGGAGGGGGCUGAGCAAUUAAGGCGUUUCCCUUGCGCUUGACGCCGCCGCCGCCCCCUCCCGGCGCCUUCCCUGCCCCUUCCCCGCGUGGAGGGGCGGCCUGCGGCUUGGAAGAAGAAGACGCCGAGCGGGGCCUGGCCGGGAUCCGGAGCUCUUCCGUCCGGGGCGGCGCUGCUGAGCUGGACCGGGUCGCGCCGCGGGCUUGUCGGGCUGGGCGUAGAGGAGCCGCAUCCCGCGGGGGAUCUUGGCGGCUGCCUUCCUCGGCUGCGCCGCCCUGCCCGCCUGGCUGGGGCUUGGGCCCUGGAUUGGCUUCCUCCGGCUGGGGCAGCCGCAGCAUGGACGCCCCGCGGCCCUUGGGCGGGCCGGAGCCGCAGCUGUCUGCCCACAGCAGCCGGGCAGCCCCGGCCGGCCGGCGCGGCGUGGGAGCCCGGCGCGUGGAUUAAGCGGCCUCGCGUGGGAGCCUCCGCUUCCUCCCGCUGGGCCCACCUGCCCCGGCAGCUGGAGGCUCGCCUUCCCCCGUCCCUCCCGGCUGGAGCCACGGAACCGGGACCAGCUCGCCUGCCGCGCCCCGUCCCCCCUUUGGCUGCUGGGACCCCGGCCCGGGGGAUGCGGCCCGCUGGGGGCGCCUGGAGGGCUGCGGAUCGCUGGCAGAGAGAGGCCCGCGGCGGAGGCCAGGCGUAGCGGGCGGACGGCUCGCCUUUCCCACGACCUUCUCGGACACCCGUGCGCGGGGCUGGAGAUCCGCGCCAGCGGGGCCUGGACUGCCCUCCUCCGGCUGAAGCGCUGACGGGGGGAGCAACCGCGCUUGGAAGGGCGAUUUUUCUGGGUUCUCUCCCGCCGCCUCCCCCUCCUCCCCACUCGGGAGACCCCCCCCCCCCAAUACACGCACACGCCAUGGCUGCGAAGGAGAACCCCUGCCGGAAAUUCCAGGCGAACAUUUUUAACAAAAGCAAGUGUCAGAAUUGCUUCAAGCCUCGCGAGUCGCACCUGCUGAACGACGAAGAUUUGAACCAGGCUAAGCCUAUUUAUGGCGGAUGGCUGUUACUAGCUCCAGAGGGCACGGAUUUCGACAACCCUGUGCAUCGCUCCCGGAAAUGGCAACGCCGCUUCUUCAUCCUUUACGAACACGGCCUUCUCCGCUACGCCUUGGACGAGAUGCCCACCACUUUGCCACAAGGAACCAUCAACAUGAACCAGUGUACAGAUGUUGUGGAUGGAGAGAACCGGAGUGGGCAGAAGUUUUCACUGUGUAUCCUGACACCGGAGAAGGAGCACUUCAUCCGAGCUGAGAACAAGGAAAUCAUCAGUGGGUGGUUGGAGAUGCUGGUGGUAUACCCAAGGACCAACAAGCAGAAUCAAAAGAAGAAAAGGAAAGUGGAGCCCCCAACGCCACAGGAGCCUGGUCCAGCGAAGAUGGCCGUGACCAGUAGCAGCAUCCCUGGCGCUGAGAAGAUCCCCACCACCAAGUCCACCCUUUGGCAAGAAGAACUGAGAAGCAAAGAGCAGUUGGAUGGGAAUGUGGGCAUCGGUUCUCUGGCGGGGCAGGCGCCCUCAGCGUGUUCUCUGAAGGACUCGGUCCUGGAGAGCAAAGAAGAAGAGGCUGCCAGGAACGGCGACCGUAACGACUGCGGGCGGAAGACGCGCGUAGAAAGCGGCUACUUUUCCUUGGAGAAGACCAAGCAGGAGGUCAAGGCAGAGGAGCACCAGCUGCCGGGCCUGCCAUCCCCCCCGAGCCCCUGCGCCCCCAACCACAGGAGGUCCCAAGUAAUUGAAAAAUUUGAAGCAUUGGACAUAGAGAAUCCGGAACACAUGGAAGUCAACGCUUCCUCUGGUCUCUCCAGAAACCGGCAGGGCAGGAGCGAAAAAAGGGUUUUCCCUAGGAAACGGGAUCUGCUUGCUGAAACAGCAAGUGGGACCAUCCUGGACGUGUCAACUUCUACUAUGUCCCACAGGAGAGCGAAAUCACUGGACAGAAGGUCUACAGAAUCUUCCAUGACUCCAGAUUUGCUGAACUUCAAAAAGGGAUGGCUGACAAAACAGGAUGAAGAUGGGCAGUGGAAGAAGCAUUGGUUUGUGCUGACGGACCAGAGCCUGAGAUACUACCAGGAUUCAGUGCAGAGGAGGUAGGUUGAGGCAGCCGAUUUGGAUGGGGAAAUUGUGUCAACGUGCUUCGAUGUCACGGAAUACUCCGUCCAGCGAAACUAUGGUUUCCAGAUCCAUACUAAAGAAGGCAAAUUCAUUCUUUCUGCUAUGACAUCUGGAAUCCGCCGGAACUGGAUCCAAACCAUUAUGAAACAUGUUCGUCCCACAGUCGCUCCAGAUGUGACCAGCUCUCUGCCUGAAGAGAAGAGCAAAAAUGGCAUCUCCUUUGAGACUUGUCCCAAGCCAAGCGAGAAGCAGGAGACGGAGCAGGCUGAGAUCGACCCCGAAUACAAGCGUAGUCGAGCCAGGGAACGCCGUAGAGAAGGUCGCUCCAAAACCUUUGACUGGGCGGAGUUCCGCCCCAUCCAGCAGGUCCUGGCUCAGGAGCGAGUCCCAAGGAGUGGCCCUUCAGAAACAGAUCCCGGGGAACUGGAGCGAGAACGUGCCCGCCGAAGAGAGGAAAGAAGGAAGCGCUUUGAACAUCUGGAUGCUACGGAUGGAGGGAGCUCAGAAGACUUCUCCAGGAUGGAGGUGGAUAGGCUUUCGGGCCUGCCUGCCGCUCCAGAGGCCAAGCCUCAAAGCGUCCAUGUGGAGAUCGAGCAGAGGUGGCAUCAGGUGGAGACCACUCCUCUGCGGGAGGAGAAGCAGAUCCCCAUUGCCCCGCUACAUCUUCCUCACCCAGAGGAGAAUGGCGAGAUACUCCAUAAGCAGCAUCUGACUGUGCUGCUGGAAAAGGAGCUGGAGCAGAGUCAAAAGGCAGCUUCAGAGCUCUUGGAGCAGAACCGUGUCCUACAAGACCAGCUCAAAGUAGCUUUGGGACGGGAACAGAGCGCUCGAGAAGGUUACGUCCUACAGGCAACGUGUGAACGGGGUUUUGCAGCCAUGGAAGAGACCCACCAGAAGAAGAUUGAGGACUUGCAGAGGCAGCAUCAGCGAGAGCUGGAGAAGCUGAGAGAGGAGAAGGACCGUUUGCUGGAUGAGGAAACGGCUGCCACGAUCUCCGGUAGGUGAAGCCAUGAAAACGCUCACCGGGAGGAACUUGAACGGGAGUUGGAAAAAACCCAUCGCUCCCAAAUUAGCAGCAUCAAUUCCGACAUUGAGGCUCUGCAGAGACAAUACUUGGAGGAGUUGCAGUCUGUCCAGCGGGAACUGGAAGUCCUUUCAGAACAAUAUUCGCAGAAGUGCUUGGAAAACGCUCACCUGGCCCAGGCUUUGGAGGCGGAGAGGCAGGCCCUCCGACAAUGCCAGCGGGAGAACCAGGAACUUAACGCGCACAAUCAGGAGCUGAACAACCGUUUGGCUGCAGAGAUCACCCGACUACGGACGUUGCUAACUGGGGAAGGCGGCAUGGAAACGGCUGCUUCUCCACUUACCCAAGGCAAGGAUGCCUAUGAGUUAGAGGUCCUGUUGAGAGUUAAGGAAUCAGAAAUCCAGUACUUGAAGCAAGAGAUCAGCUCCUUGAAGGAUGAAUUGCAAACAGCACUGAGGGAUAAAAAAUACGCCAGUGAUAAAUACAAGGACAUCUACACGGAGCUCAGCAUCGUCAAAGCCAAGGCAGACUGCGAUAUCAGCAGAUUGAAAGAGCAGCUGAAGGCAGCCACCGAAGCCCUGGGAGAAAAAUCUCCCGAGAGCAGCACCGUGUCCGGAUACGAUAUUAUGAAAUCGAAAAGCAAUCCUGAUUUCUUGAAGAAGGACAGGACCAGCAUUGGCCGGCAACUAAGAAAUAUCAGGUCAAAGAGUCUAAAGGAAGGUCUGACGGUGCAGGAGCGCCUGAAGCUCUUUGAAUCCAAGGAGUUGAAGAAAGACUAAUGUUCUCCUUCGUUUCCGGCUUGGCCAUGUGCACCGCCUAGCUUGAGGCAUCACGACACGAGCAUCCUUCUCCUUUUUCCCCCCUCACCAUUUUCAUCUUUUUUUAUGACUACGCUUCGCUUGGCCGGGAGCGGGAAUUUUUCUAGAGCUGCUCCGGAUGAAUGGACUGAGCAAUUCCAGACUUCUUUUUUUUUCUGUCCACCAUCGAAGGGAUGAAAUCAUUGUUUCUCAACCUUAGCAAGUUUAAGAUGCGUGGACUUCUGCUCCCAGAAUUCCUCAGCCAGCAACGGGGAAUUCUGGGAGGAGACGUCCAGGCAUCUUAAACUCGAUGAGGUUGAGAAAUACUGGAUUAAGCAUGUUCUGAAUGGAAAAGUCCUUACUUUGGGCAAGAAUGCAGGAGGAGGUUGAAGAUUUUUCUCCCUUAAAUAUAUAUAUAUUUAUCUCCUUCCUAGUGUAUAUCCACUGCAUUGAGUGUCAGUAUUAAGGCUCAACAGCCUAUAAUAAGCUAGCCCUGUUUUACUGAUGUGUUGGUAUCACAACAGGGCCCUGGGAAAGGGGGAUACACCUCCAGCUUAGUUCCACCAGUGUUGAAGAGUAACACAGCACUUAGGCGCAUAUUUUGAGCCACUCUGAAACAAAUUUGGUUUGGCCAAGCAAGCCCCCCCCCCCCAACGCCCCUGGAUGCUUGAGAAACACAAGGGGGGAAGAAAUCAGUCUGGACUGUCCUUGAUCUAUUGUGUGGUUUGCAGAGAUCCAGUCCUUUGUGCAGCUUAGCAAUCUUCUGAAUUUAUUUUACUCAGCCAGCGGUUAAGGGGUGGCAGAUUCCACCUUAGCCAGGAUUUUGGAAAAACAGCUCUUAAAAUCACUAGCAACCAUUGUCCUCUUCCAGUUGGGUUCACCUUUUCUCCUAGUCUUUUGGUGGGUUUUGGGCAUCCAUCUGAGAGACAUUUCAGGACAUUUCUCUCGUCUGAUGAGGAUGGAGAUCCUAAAUCCUUGCUUCUUAAAGGUGACUUUAAAAAAAAGAAAGAAAGUAAAAUGGAUUACCGGUAUAUCUGUUUUGGAGAAUCUAUUUGGGCCUGAUUGCACCAUUCAGUGUCUGUGUGAGGGAUAUUCCGUUGCAAAGGAACACCUGAAAACGGGUUGGGAGCUAAGCCCAGUUAAAAGUGGCCUUCAAAAAAAAAAAAAAGACCAGGCUAACCAUGAUCCCAAAGCAGCUUUAGUGCUUUUAUCCUCUUGAAAUGAAGCAGGACUUUCGAUUAUCCCUUCCAUAUUUUGGGCCCACCCACCCCCCAAAAAUGUGAUGAAUAGAUUCCUUGAUGCGCUGGGAUCCAGAAUGUAUACAGCCUUCCCAAGAAAGGCCCUGGGAUGGAUUAAAAUGUCUUUGGCCAAAGCCGACGAACCCCUUGGAAGUGGGUGCUUAAAAUUUCAAGAUUAACACCUCCACCAGCAUUACGAACAAGCCUUGUUUUUGUCUCCCCAACAUUGUAGGUGAUUAGGGUGCUCCAGCCCAAUUCUACGAACCUUGAGGUCCCUUAAGAUGGGAGUUUUUGCUCUUACUGGGUUGAAUUUCUGCUGCAACUGUCUAACUUUGGGACAAGCCCAACGGUGUGAACUCUUGCUAAUCUCAGCGAGGGUUGGUCCAUUUAUUUUCUCUGCAUGCAGGUUUUAGAAUUUUUAGACGCCUCGCAAGGAAAGAAGUGGUUCCCCCCAAAAAAACCCACCCCACCUUAUGAGAUCACUUGUCUCCUAGAGGUAGACUUGAAGCAAAAGGAUACCUUAGCAUGCACUACCUUAAAGGCAGCUGGGCAGAGGAGAAGGUAUGCAUUUCAGGCGCCUGGUUGCAUUUGACAUGCCACAGCAAUGGCAGUCUGCAAAACGUAGCUGCCCUGAAUGGCUCGGACUAAGGAGCUCUUCCUAUUUUUUACUUUAGAGGUGAGGCUUUUCUUCUUCAAGGCUUCUCCUCACUCUGAGCAGUUUUUCCUAUCUAACUGCAAACUGUUGGUCGAGGGUAUAGAAGUGCAUUUCAAAUAGAUAUGGCAGCCCCAAAGAUUGAUGUGUGAAUGGUGGCAUUGGAAGGGCAUCUCGGGCAGCUGAAGGGGACGCGUUUGUGGCAUCUGCCCCCGAAAUGGUCUUUGCAGGCCUCCUAUCUCCUUCACACAGACGAAGCUGACCUGGAUAGAACCAUGUUUUUUCAACCUUGGCAAUUUAAAGUUAUCUGGACUUCAACUCCCAGGAUUCUUAAGCUCUGCUGGAUGGGGAAUUCUGGGAUUUGGAGUCCGGACAGCUCCAAGUUGCCACGGUUGAGGAAUUUAAUUUUUCUUCCAUGAUUUUCCUGCAACUCGAUAGCAAUCCGUUGGCUCUGGGAAAAAAUCUCUGCAGUCCAUCCUGUCCCUUUCUCAAUAACGUCCUGAUUCCGAGGCGGUUUCUUAAAACAUGGAAAGCGAUGGCUGGAAGGCGGGGAAAGGCACCCCACCUCCCUUCGCACAAAACUGACUCUACCGCUACGAGCAAAGGGACUGUCCCUACGCAACCAAUCCCCGGGAGCGUUUGGGACAGCGUGUUUCUUGAACGGCUCUUGAAAAGGCUUGUUCGGAGGCAGGUUGUGGCAUUUUCACCCCAUUCUGUACUCCGGAGAUUUAAGAAAAAUGUGUACUCUUGAUGGAGGUUUAGCACAGGUACCGUGCACACACACCUGAAAUACGGCUUUGGGGAUGUGGUCCAUGGCCGAUUUUGUCUCUCCUUUUCUCCCCCUUCCACUUGUUUCAAAGCAGGAUUUUUGUCUUUUCUUAAUGCCGUUUUUGCUUUCCUUCCUUCCUGCUAAGAAACAAAAGGAGGAUUGCUUGUGCUGAUCCAGGAAUCCGAGCGGGCUGUGAUUCCUAUGACAGGGGCUGCCUUCAAGCGGCCCCUGUGUGGUGUUUAAGAGGGGGGGGGAAGCGGGGAAAAUGUUGCUUUUUGUAAUGACAAUAUACUUGAUUAGACUCCCACUGGACUUCUUUUUCCUCCAUUGCAAUGGUUCAUAUGCCGUACUUCGUUGUGAACACUUUGAGCACACCCACGCUUCUUUCCUUUGGUAACCCCCCUCCCCCCUCCCCAAUUUUUUAAAGCUUUGUUAUUCUCUAAAAAUAAUUUAAGACCUGUAUAGUAUUCGAAGCACGCCAUGUAAAUAUUUAUUAUGCAAAAACUCGCGGAGGGUUUUAUGGGGUUUCUUUUUUUAAUCUUGUUCUAAUACGGAUUUCCUUUGGACUUGGGGGAAAAGGAAGUUAGUGUAACCUGAAAUCCUGCUUUGUUCCCUUACAGAAUGUUGGUUGGUUUGAAUGCUAUAAAUAUAUUUUUAAAUUUCUCUGAUCCUUUUUAGUUUUGGAAACGCCUCUCCAAAGAAAAAAAAAUAUGUACAGUGUUUUAAAACCUAAUUGCUCUACGACGAUAGUUUUCUUCCUCAUUCACUUCAGUAAGCUUGUAACGGACAGUGGCGCAAGUGACCCGGGCUAUGCAAUUAUGUUGCAGUAAACUCAGUUUAAUGGACUCGUAGGAAGGUGUUUGUUAGACCUGAAUGUCCGUUGAAUAACGAAUAGGAUUGUAUGUAUGCCUACACGGCGGCCGAUGGAUUUUGUCCGAGGCAUUCGAAAUCCGAAUGCAUCAAUCUGAAGGUCCAAUAAAUUGAAGAUUCACUGCA